GGGGCCAGCCGCCGCGGGGAUACCGAGGCUGCGGAGGGAGAAAAGGCCUGAGCUGCGGCACUGCGCAGGCGCAGGAGCCCCAAGCCCGGCGCGCGCUUUUUCUGCGCGGGAGUCGCGGCCGAAAGAUUCCUUCUUUUCCCUCUUCCCCACCUGUUCCUUCUUCUCCUCUUCGUCCUGGAGGGGGCGGAGGCCGGAGCCGGGGCGGUUGAGCCGGCUGCGAUGGCGACCACGGGCAAGAGGAAGGCGGAUUCGGACGUGAGUCGCUCCAAGAAAACGGCUCUGGAUCGCGAAGAGAUGAGAUGGGGAAGGCGGGGGAGCCUCCUGCCUCCGCCUCCGCCUUCGCGGGCUAUGCUGUCAGGUUUCGUGGAGGGCUCCAUCGUCCGGAUCACCAUGGAGAACUUCCUAACCUAUGAUACUUGCGAAGUAAUCCCAGGACCUAACCUGAAUAUGAUAGUUGGAGCUAAUGGGACAGGGAAGUCCAGUAUAGUUUGUGCCAUCUGCCUUGGAUUGGCAGGUAAACCAGCUUUCAUAGGCCGAGUGGAUAAGGUUGGCUUUUACGUGAAGCGAGGGUGUGCCAAAGGCUCAGUUGAAAUUGAAUUGUUCAAGACUUCUGGAAAUGUCACAAUUACUCGAGAGAUUGAUGUGGUUAAAAAUCAGUCUUCUUGGUUCAUUGACAAAAAAUCUGCAACUCAGAAAGCAGUAGAAGAACAGGUAGCAGCCUUGAAUAUUCAAGUAGGCAAUCUUUGCCAGUUUCUUCCUCAGGAUAAAGUUGGGGAAUUUGCAAAACUCAGCAAAAUUGAACUCCUUGAAGCUACUGAGAAGUCAAUUGGUCCUCCAGAAAUGCACAAGUUUCAUUGUGAACUCAAAAACUUCAGAGAGAAAGAAAAACGUCUCCAGACUGCAUGCAAAGAGAAAAGUGACCACUUGGAAAAAUUGAAACAGACUAAUGAAAGACAUAAGCAGGAUGUGGAGAGAUAUUAUGAGUGCAAACGUCAUUUGGAUUUAAUUGAGAUGCUUGAAGCAAAAAGGCCGUGGGUGGAAUAUGAAAAUGUUCGCCAGCAGUAUGAAGAAGUAAAACAGAAUCGUGACCAGAUGAAGGAAGAGCUUAGAAAACUCAAAGAGACACAGGGCCCUCUAACACAAAGAAUUCAAGAGUAUGAAAGGCAGCGCCGACAAUUGGAUAAUCAGGUCAAAGUGAAGAAUAAUGAUAUUAGAGAUACAUCUUGUAAAUGCAAAGAAAAAAAAGAUGCAUUAGAAAGGAGAGAAAAACAAAUUGAAGAAGCAAAGCAUGCUUUCAGAGUGAAGCGAGAUGAAGAGGAUAAUAGACUGCAGAGAAUAAGUAACACUCGUAAGAUGAUUGAUGAUUGGCAGAGUGAAAUUGAGUCUAUAGGAAACUGCGAGAAUCUGCAGCCUCAAAUUGAUAUCCUUAAUGAUGAACUGAAACAAGUGGAAGAGGAAAAGUCAGCAAUUGAUGUAGAGAUAAAUGAGAGGGUAAAAGAGAUAAAAAGUCUACAUAAAGAAAAAGCCACUGUAACUACUCGUAUUAUAUGCCUUGAUAACUUACUGAAUCAAAGGGAAGAGAAAUUGAGAAUGAGAUAUCGUGAUACACAUGAUGCUGUUAUGUGGCUAAGAAAAAAUAAACAUAGAUUUAAGAAAACAGUUUUUGAACCCAUAGUGCUCAUGAUCCACGUGAAAGACUAUAAAAAUGCCAAAUAUAUUGAAAACCAUAUUCCAUCAAAUGAUUUGAGAUCUUUUGUAUUUGAAAGUCAAGAAGACAUGGAAUAUUUUCUCAAACAGAUGCGUGACCAUCACAAAUUAAAAGUAAAUGCUGUUUGUAUUCCCAGUAUUGCAUAUGCAGAUAGAGUACCCACAAGGUCUCUGAAUGAUCUAAGGAAAUACGGACUUUUUUCCUAUCUGCGAGAGUUAUUUGAUGCACCUCAAUUUGUGAUGAGUUACCUUUGCUACCAGCAUCAUGUUCAUGAUGUGCCUGUAGGAACAGAAAAGACCAGAGCAAUAAUUGAACAGGUUAUACAUGAAACCAGACUGAGACAAAUUUACACAGCUCAAGAAAAGUAUGUGGUAAAAACUUCCAUUUACUCAAAUGACAUUAUUUCCAGUAACACACACCUAAAAACAGCCCAGUUUCUCACAUUUACUGUCAAUGUACAAGAAAGAAGACAACUGGAAGAUCAGGACAAGGAAAUAAGUAAAAAAAUUCAGACACUAGAUGUAGAGUUAACAGCCUUUCAUGAAAAAAUCCAGCAUCUUGAAUACAGAGACAAUGAAUUCAGAAAUAAAAAGAAGGACCUUCAAGACAGGAAAACCAAAAAGAAUCAACUGGAACAGAAAAUUGGUUCCAAAUUAGAUAGUUUAAAGCUAAUGGAACAUCGUACUUACAAUCUUGAAGAAGAGGAACAGAAGACAAAUGCCACAAUCAAAGAAAUUAAUGCCCAUAAAGCAAAACUGGUUUCUGAAUUAUUGAAGCUAAUUAAGACUUGCACAAUGUUGAAUGUACAGAAAGUCGAUUUAGUUCUUGAGCUAGCGACUGAGGGCUAUAAGAAGAACAAAUUAGAAAGAGAGUACAAAGCAACAGCAUUGAACCUGCGGCAACUGGAGCAACAAUACAGUGCUCUUGGUGAAACAAAACGUAGACUUCUAGAGAAGUGCAAAGAACUUAUGAAGAAAGCCAGGCACAUAUGUAACCUGGGCCCAGAUCAGAGCAUUCCUCAAGAGUACCAGACAGCUUUCCAAGAUCUCCCAAACACAGUGGAAGGAAUUGAUUCUUUACUUGCUGAUGAGAAGACAAGAGCUUCUUGCUUCACAGGCCUGAAAGCUUCAGUUGUCGAAGACUACAAAAAAGGAGCACAGGAAAUACAACAGCUAACUGUGGAACUCGAGCAAAAGACAAAUGAGCUGGAUAACUAUAGGCAGACCAUUUCAAAGGUUAAAGAAAGGUGGCUCAAUCCCUUGAAAGGUCUGAUAGAACAAAUAAAUGAAAAAUUUAGCAAUUUUUUUAGUUCCAUGGAGUGUGCUGGUGAAGUGGAUCUCCAUACAGAAAAUGAGGAAGACUAUGAUAAAUAUGGAAUUCGAAUUAGAGUCAAAUUUCGCAAUAGCACACAACUGCAUGAACUAAAUUCAAGUCAUCAAAGUGGAGGUGAAAGAAGUGUUUCCACAAUGUUAUACUUGAUGGCACUCCAGGAACUUAACAGAUGUCCGUUCAGAGUGGUAGAUGAAAUCAAUCAGGGAAUGGACCCAGUCAAUGAAAGAAGAGUAUUUGAGAUGGUUGUAGACACUGCCUGUAAAGAAACCACAUCUCAAUAUUUCUUAAUUACACCAAAGCUUCUUCAAAAUCUCACUUACUCUGAAAAGAUGACAGUGUUGUUUGUCUACAAUGGCCCUAGCAUGCUAGAGCCAAAGAAAUACAAUUUAAAGGCUUUCCUUAGGAGACGACGACGUAUUGGAGUUAGCCGAAUGGAUCAGUAAUGAAAGAAAAAGGGUCUUUGGAAUUUUGCCUUAAAACUAUGUUUAUAAUUACAGAGCUGUUGAGUGAAAAUGAAGAAGUUUGCUGAAACUACAAAGAACAAAAUUUAUUUUUGGAAGCUUGCUUUCAAAUAUAAGUAGUGUGAUAAGGUUGAAACCAUGUAGUUAAUAUUUCUUCGUGCGCCUUUGGAAAACUUGCUGGUUGUUGGAGUUACCCUGUUUAGCCUUUGUCAAUUUUGGGUCCUUCAUACCCUGGUGUUAGUUCAUUGAGGUUUUAUGUAAAAUUUUUAGUAUGGAAUCAAACUGUGUCAUGUAAUAUGUGAAAAUACAGGUUACAGAGUUAGGUGGUUCGUGCUCAUAUAACUGUUGAUAACAGAGCAACCAUAAGUUAAAUGUAGAGAGACCUAAGUAAUUUUUAAAACCUAAAGGGGGUUCUAUAAGCUUAGGUCAUGAUUUUUCUUCUAAGGUCCUUAUAUUUAACUGAUAAAAAUGAUUUGAAUAUUUCUAGUCCAAAGUGUUUUGUCAGUGCUCGUUUCUACUAUGAGGUAUACCUUUAUUCUUUUGAAAAAUUUAGAAAAAACUUUUAUGAAAUUUGAAGUUUUUGUCCUAUUUGUAUUUCAUACUCUCCCCCUUCCCCCAUUAAGCGUAUAGGUUUUAAAAAGUGGUAGCAGGACUUCUUUGAAGUGCCACAAAGUGUACCUUGGAAGUAGCACAAAUAAAACCAGGAAGCUUCUAAAGAAGAAAAUCAGGUGGGGGAAGGGGGGAAUAAUAAUACUAUAAGGUUUUUGUAUCAAAAGUAAAUUUUAUUUUCCAUUUUAAACCUUGAGGAAUUUCAUAAUUUGGGAGGAAUUGGCAUGGGGGGAUUCAUAUGUGCUGGGAUUUAUUUAUAUCUAAGAUUCUUAAAUAUUUUACAUGGAGGAAAAGUGCAUUCACUUAUUCAGAACAUAAAGAGUUCUUAAAACUUCAUAUUUAUUGCACUUCUGUAAUUAUAUUGAUCUUCUCCAUUGUCUCAAAUCUAAUUAAAAUUCUUUUUUUUGAUCAGUGAAAACCUGUUAAAUAAUUUUUUAAUUGAAGAUAUUCUCAGCAGUGCAAAACAAAUUCUAUACCUUUUUGAAAUAUAUAUUUUAAGAACAAUGGCUUGGUCUAAGAACACAUCCAUUUACUUAAGUGGACCAAUUGUCCAUUUGUUUAAUCUGUAUUAUUGACUAUAAUGUCCAUUCAAUUUGUCUGCUCACACAAAGUGAGGAAUUGAACUCAGUGCAAUUUAUAUAUGUAUAUAUUUUAAAUAGCCUUCAGAAUUGAUAUUUUUCUUAGGUCAAGAAAUAAUGGUGUUGUAGCUUAUACUCUUUCAGCCUAGAGCUUCUCUUAGUGAGAAAGAGUCAGAUUGCAUUUUCCUAUAUAAAAAGUUUAAAAGAAAAUCUUUGCUUAUUAAGUCUAAUGAAUGAAAUAUGUAAAUAAUAUUUCUACUUGUGAGUUUAUCAGAUCGUUUUAACAUUUUGUUCCUUAUGGAAAUUCAGAAACUUAGUAAUAUUUUGGUUUUAAUCAUAAGUAUAUCCAUUUCUGCCAGUUAAAUCUCUGUGUUAUUUAUAUGGUUAAUGUAAUAUAGAUUUAAUUUUUUAUUCUGGGUUCAGUCAUAUUACUUUUUAGCAGAAUAAAGAUUUAUGGAAACAAGCUCAAAGAUGCCAUAUAUAGUUAAAAAUAAGAUGUCAGUGACAUUUCAAUUUAUAUAUAAAAUAAUCAUUUCUCAAUGAGCAUUCAGAUUUUUGUACUGAGAAAAGUGAAUGUGUGGUUCCCCUUUGAAAUACUGAUUACAAAGAUAAAUUAUGUAGCAUUCUAAUACAUCUAAAGUAAAAGAAAUGCAAAGAAUGAAAAGUCUACCAAGGUCAGUGUAUUCUCAACCACUUAUAAUUUCAGCUAUCACUUUGAAAAGGGAGAGGUGAAUUCUUUUUGCACACAAUUCAUAAAAACAUCAAGUGAGAGCAAGAUUUGAUUUAAGUAAAUAUGAUAUCCAAAACUUUUAAUGGCAUUGAUGUUAAAGAGUAAAGAUUUUCAGUAAUUCAAAGUAAUAGGGAAAUAUUUUGCUAUUUUCUAAUUGAUUUUAAUAUUUAAUUUUUCUUUUGUAUAUUUCCUUCAAGAUUAUGCCAUUUUCAUAAGUCCAUCUUCUGAUAAUAUUUUUAUCCAAAAAUGUGAGUAAAUAAAGAAACAGUGAACAAAAACCUUAUCUUACAAGAAUUGAUGGUGGGUGGGGAGGGAUGAGGCUGGGGAGAGAGGACAACUUACCACCUUGUUGUUGGGAAAUUUGGAAAUAAAUCUAUAUUUUCAUAUA